UCUGAUUAAACAGUUCUGUGUAACUGCUGGAACAAUGGAAUCGAUGCUGACUUUGUCAGCAGAAGAACCUGUUAAAAAGAACACGCUUAGGAAAUACAAAAUAAUUUGUGCUGUUCUUCUUGCUUUGUUGGUGAUUGUGUCGCUUGCCUUAGGUCUGGGACUUGGACUGAGGAAACCAGAAAAUCAAGGCAGCUGCAGGAAGAAAUGCUUUGAUUCAUCUUAUAGCGGACUAGAGGGCUGCCGGUGUGAUGCGGGAUGCAAAGACCGAGGCGAUUGCUGCUGGGAUUUUGAAGACACCUGUGUGCAAUCAACUGAAAUAUGGACAUGCAAUAAAUUUCGUUGUGGGGAGACCAGAUUAGAGUCCAGCCUUUGCUCGUGUUCAGAUGACUGUUUGCAGAGAAAAGACUGCUGUGCUAACUAUAAGAGUGUUUGCCAAGGAGAAACCCCAUGGGUGGAAGAAGACUGUGAUGCAGCCCAGCAGUCUCAGUGUCCAAAAGGGUUUGACCCACCACCGGUUAUCCUGUUUUCAUUGGAUGGAUUUAGAGCUGAAUAUUUACACACAUGGGGUCCUUUAAUGCCAAAUAUCGAUAAACUGAAGACCUGUGGAAUUCAUCCAGAAUAUAUGAGAUCUAUGUAUCCUACCAAAACUUUCCCAAAUCAUUACACCAUUGUCACGGGCUUGUAUCCAGAAUCACAUGGCAUCAUUGACAAUAAUAUGUACGAUGUAAAUCUCAACAAGAAUUUUUCACUUUCUUCAACGGAGCAAAAUAAUCCAGCCUGGUGGUUUGGGCAACCAAUGUGGCUGACAGCAAUGUAUCAAGGCUUCAAAGCUGGUACCUACUUUUGGCCAGGAUCAGACGUGGCUAUAAAUGGCUCCUUUCCUUCCAUAUAUAUGCCUUAUGACGGAAAGAUUCCUGACAUAGGGCCCUGCUCGAGCCUUGCCACUUCUAAGCCUCAGGCCUCCUCUGUAUCCCCACAGCACUCUAGACUGUAUGUACCACAGUAUUUUACACUUAUUCAGGUUGCCCUAAGGGUGAAUGGCUUGAUAAUUGAAGCCUUACAGUUAGUAGACGAUGCUGUUGGAAUGUUGAUGGAAGGCCUAAAGCAGCGGAAUUUACACAAUUGUGCCAAUAUAAUCCUUUUGGCUGACCAUGUUACAGUAUGCCGAAAACCCGAUCAGCAUUUCAAACCCUAUUUGUCUCCUGAUUUGCCAAAACGACUACACUAUGCCAAAAACGUCAGAAUUGACAAAGUCAAUCUUAUGGUGGAUCGACAAUGGCUGGCUACGAGGAGUAGUACAAGUUCAUAUUGUGGAGGAGGCAAUCACGGUUAUAACAAUGAGUUUAAAAGCAUGGAGGCUCUCUUUUUGGCGUACGGACCCAGUUUCAAAGAGAAGACUGAAAUCGAACCAUUUGAAAAUAUUGAAGUCUAUAACCUAAUGUGUGAUCUCCUACGCAUUCAACCAGCACCAAACAAUGGAACCCAUGGUAGUUUAAACCAUCUUCUGAAGGUGCCUUUUUACGAGCCAUCCCAUGCAGAGGAAGUGUCAACGUCUUCUGUUUGUGGCUUUACUGCUCCUUUGCCCACAGAUCCUCUAGACUGUUCAUGCCCUCAGCUACAAGAUAGUGCUCGUGUAGAACAAGUGAAUCAAAUGCUAAAUCUCACGCAAGAAGAAAUAACAGCAACAGUGAAAGUAAAUUUGCCAUUUGGGAGGCCCAGGGUUAUUCAGAAGAACGUGGACCACUGUCUCCUUUACCAUAAGGAAUACGUCAGUGGAUUUGGCAAAGCUCUGAAGAUGCCCAUGUGGAGCUCGUAUACACUAUCCCUGCCGGGAGACACAUCUCCUCUUCCUCCCACUGUUCCAGACUGUCUGCGGGCUGAUGUCAGGGUUACUCCUUCUGAGAGCCAAAAAUGUUCCUUCUAUUUAGCAGACAACAAUAUCACCCACGGCUUCCUCUAUCCUCCUGCAAACAAUAGAACCUCUGAUAGUCAAUAUGAUGCCUUAAUUACAAGUAAUUUGGUCCCUAUGUAUGAAGAAUUCAAAAAAAUGUGGGACUACUUCCACAGUGUUCUUCUUAUAAAACAUGCCACCGAGAGAAAUGGAGUAAAUGUGGUUAGUGGACCAAUAUUCGAUUAUAAUUAUGAUGGCCAUUUUGAUGCUCCAGAUGAAAUUACAGAACAUGUAGCCAACACCAGUGUUCCCAUCCCAACACACUACUUUGUAGUGCUGACAAGUUGUAAAAGCGGGAGCCACACACCCGACGACUGCCCUGGGUGGCUGGAUGUCCUCCCCUUUAUUAUCCCUCACCGACCUACCAACGUGGAGAGCUGUCCUGAAAAUAAACCAGAAGAUCUGUGGGUUGAAGAAAGAUUUAAAGCACACAUUGCGCGGGUUCGAGACGUGGAACUUCUUACUGGGCUUGACUUUUACCAGGAAAAAGUACAGCCUGUUUCCGAAAUUUUGCAACUAAAGACAUAUUUACCCACAUUUGAAACCAUUAUUUAA